AUGUCCUCCGCCGCCGCUGCCGCAGCCCCGCCUCCCCCACCGCCGCCGCCACCGCCGCCGCUGCCGCCCCCCUCCUCCGCCAGCUACCUCACCAACCUCGGCCUCGGCUACGCCAUCGCCGUCGCCCUCGGCUUCCUCGUCCUCCUCUCCUCCGUCCUCCUCGCCUCCUACAUCUGCUGCCGCUCCUCCCGCCGCCGCCGCCUCCUCCGCCGCCAGCAGCACCAGCAGCAGCACCACCACGCCGCCGGGGCCCCGGCGUCCGCCCAUCGGGCCGGCGACCCGGGCUCCGACGGCAUCAUCCUCCCCCGCAUCAUCUUCGUGGCCGAGGACGACAACGAGGGGAGCGACGCGGACCAGGGCGCGGCGGUGGGGCUCGACCCGAGCGUCAUCAAUUCGUACCCCAAGUUCGCCUUCUCUAGGGAGGGCGUCGGCGUCGGCGUCGGGAGCAGCACGACGUGCUCGAUCUGCCUGUGCGAGUACAAGGAUUCGGAGAUGCUGAGGAUGAUGCCCGAGUGCCGCCACUUCUUCCACCUGCUCUGCCUCGACGCCUGGUUGAAGCUCAACGGGUCGUGCCCCGUCUGCCGGAACUCCCCCCUUCCCACCCCGCUCUCCACCCCCCUCUCCGAGGUCGUGCCGCUCUCUCAGUACGGCGAAGACCGCCGUAGACGGCGCUGAUUAUUCCUCUCUUCCUCCUCCUCCUUUUCUUGGGUUGAUUUGGAUGGUGGGUUUUGGUUUCCGCGAGUGUUCUUGGUGGGAUUGUAAAUUCUACAGCAAACGAGGUUUGAGAGAUUGUUUUGGGGUGGGGGGCUACUUGUUCUCUUGUUUCCCUGAAUUUGUCAUUUUGAUUGAUGAUAGUCCUUUAGAGUCAAGAAGAGAUAGCAAAGUUGGGAAUUUUGACAUGUUUUUCGCCCGUAGCGCUUCGCUGUUAGAUUGAAUCUUCAGAUUUUUUCGUCUGCCGGGCUUCUAAUUCAAGCUGAGAAGGUGACGACUGUUUCCA